AUGGAAGUGAAGCCUAUGUCUGCUGCCAUUUCAAGUAUCGCUCUGCUUAAAAACUUCGAUGUUAGGGAUGUUCGUUCACUUGAAGAGAUUGUGGUUCCUCUCGAUAAGGAUAAGGAAUUUGAGAAUUCCGGUGUACCGUUGCGUAGAGCACGACGGAAUUGCCCCCGUCUCUCACACACACUCUCUCUCUCCCGCGCGUCCCUCUCUCUCUCCUCUGGUUCGCGACGCCACCGCAGCCGGCCACGUUUUGGCCGGCCGUUCAGUCAUCCGGCCACCACUCGGGUCGGGACCGGUCCCAAAAUGACCGGCCUGACUCCGCCGUCCUACCCCACCUGUUCUCCGACGUCAGCCGGCAGCGAUACCGCCGGAAAAGUGCAGAAAAACGGCCGGUUUUUACCCAGAUUUUCCGGAGCUCGUUCCGGCGAUUCCGGCCACCAAAUCUUGCGAUCAAGGUAUGGUUUCUCACCUAUUUUCCGAGCUCUAGCUGCUGGUUGGGAUAGGAAGCUUGGCCGGCGGUUUGGAGUUUUCCCGGCCGCCGGAAAUUACUCAAGGCACCCACGCGCUGCCGGCGCGUGUGGCGGCGCGUGGGCUAGGAAAAUGGACCGGCUCGAGAGUCCCGAACGGAUAUCGCAUAUCGCGUAUUUUCCGGGUUCGCUGGGUUUGGACCGUUGGAUGGUAUUACCAGGAUCGUGUAGGAUUCGACGGAUCGUAAAACGGAGUCCCGGAUACUCCAGAAAUGCCAACCCUGGGGUUAGGGUUUUAGUAACCGUCCGAUCGUGCGAUCGUGAGCGAUCCGACCGUCCGAUCUGGACCAAACUUGCAGGACGUGCAUCCUAG